CCCGCCGUCCGUCACUGGCACUGGACUCACUCAUCAUCGUUCCAGGGCGCUGCAGCUGAGGUCCCCGCCAUCAACAACAGGAACACAACGCCAACUUCAUUUUUUUUUCUCUCUCUUCACUCGUUAUUUAUUUUUGGCUCUUUUGAUAUCACACAUCACACAAAAUGGCCGACGCAGUAGAAGAUGCCGGCUCUGUUUCCGAGCCCAUGGACCUCGUCCGCCUUUUGCUUGACGAGGUUGUCUGCGUCAAGCUGAGAGGUGAUCGGGAGCUCAAGGGCCGUCUGCACGCCUACGACUCCCAUUGCAACCUUGUCCUCGGGGAAGUCGAAGAGACCAUUUACGUCGUGGAUGAUGAAGAUACCGAGGAGGAUGACCUGAAGACCAUCUCCCGCAAGUCCGAAAUGCUCUUCGUUCGCGGCGAUUCCGUCGUGCUCAUCUCGCCCUUUACCCGUUCUUGAGAAGAGGCCGUGUAUGUGGAGCGACCAGUUGACGAGCACGAUUUCCGCCACCGCUACGGCAUCAAACCCUUCUCCGGUGGCCCGCUUGGCCAGGACCGGUUGCCCAUCGGCAGGUGGAACUUAUUGCACGUGGCGGAUGAGGCGCAGUUUUGGGAGGGGGUAGAUAGGGAAGAGGAGGAGCAUUUGGAAGAGAAGGGAAAGGAAACGGCAACGGCGGAGGGUUCUGGACAGUCAGCAGCCGAAGGUUUGUCUCAGUGGGAGUUGGACAUGGGUCGUCGCUAAGCCUACCUACCUAGGUGGUGGCUACCUCAAGGUCGAGAGGGGCGGCGCUUACAAAGGAAACCGGUAACCAAGCUUCGGGAAGAGGAUAGGAGAGAGAUACAAGGAGAGAAGUUGGCUUGAGAUGUGACUAUCACCGUCAUCACAUCACGUUCAUCGUUUGUCGUUAGAGCCGAAAGAUAGAUCACGGCACAGAUAUACCAUUGUUAUUCCCGGCCAUGGAGCAUUGAUAGCCAGGCAAUCUCCUUCCUCCUGAGGAGGCUGAAAAGGAUCGCUCGUACAAAGAAUACAGUACGUUGCUCAAGAA